UGUAAUUGUAGAGGCGGUCAAGAUGGACAGUUUACAGAAGCUCUGCUCCACGCUCGAGCCCUUGUUACGACGCGUGGUGGGUGAAGAGGUGGAGAAAGCGCUCGCGAAGCUUGUGCCCAACAAUGUACCGCAGCUGCCUGGAAGACCCGACCCCAAGCGGCUGCCCGCACCGGAGAGCUCGCGCAAGCUGCGCCUGGCGUUCCGCAGCAAGCUGGCGCUGCCGCUGUACACGGGCGCGCGCGUGGAGGGGGAGGGCGGGCAGGCGGUGCACGUGGUGCUACAGCAUGCGGACACGGGGCAGACGGCCAUGGACCUUGCGGAGUCGAACGGGAAGCUGGAGGUGGUGGUGUUGGAAGGGGACUUCAACAAGCCUAUUGACGACGACUGGACGCAGGAGGAGUUUGAGCAGAACGUGGUGAAGGAGCGCGAGGGCAAGCGGCCGCUGCUGACGGGCGAGGUGACGUUCAACCUCAAGGACGGCGUGGGCACGCUGGGCGACCUCUGCUUCACGGACAACAGCAGCUGGAUCCGCUCGCGCAAGUUCCGCCUCGGAGUUAGGGUUGCGCCCGGGCAGGAGGGGGAGGGCGGGGGCGUGCGCGUGCGGGAGGCCAAGACUGAGGCGUUCACUGUUAAGGACCACCGGGGGGAAUUGUACAAGAAGCACUACCCACCGAAGCUGAACGACGAGGUGUGGCGGCUGGACAAGAUCGGCAAGGACGGCGCCUUCCACAAGCGCCUCAACCAGUCCGCCAUCGUGACAGUCGAGGACUUCCUGCGCCUCAUUGUCAUGGACCCGCAGAGGCUGCGCUCGAUCCUGGGGUCGGGCAUGUCGAACAAGAUGUGGGAGGGCGUGGUGGAGCACGCCAAGACGUGUGCGCUGAACGGGAAGCUGUACGUGUACUACGCGGACGAGAAGCAGAACAUCGGCGUCAUCUUCAACAACAUCUUCCAGCUCAUGGGGCUCAUUGCUGACGGCCAGUACAUGUCCGUGGACCUGCUCUCCGACUCUGAGAAGCUGUACGUGGACCGGCUAGUGACCAUGGCAUACAACGACUGGGACAGCGUGGUGGAGUACGAUGGGGAGGCGCUCAUCGCCUCGCAGCGCGCUGCAGGGCAAACGGCCGGGGGCGACAAGGCGGGGCAGUCGUCGGCGCCCACUGUGUCGGUGACUGCUGGGGCGUCCACUGCUGCUGAGGGGCAGGGCACUGCCACGUCUCUUGAUGACUCUGACGGGCCCCAAGGUGGCUCUUACCAAAGCGACUCGUUGCAGCAGCAGCAGGAGCAGGGUAUCUCGGGCAAUGCAUCUUUACUACAACAGCACGUGAGGCGGCAGGCAUUGGCCAACGACCAAGCACAGUACCAUGCCCUCUGUCUAUGCCUUCUGUCUAUGCCCUAUGUCUAUGCCCUCUGUCUAUGCCCUCUGUCUAUGCCCUCUGUCUAUGCCCUCUGUCUAUGCCCUCUGUCUAUGCCCUAUGUCUAUGCCCUCUGUCUAUGCCCUCUGUCUAUGCCCUAUGUCUAUGCCCUCUGUCUAUGCCCUAUGUCUAUGCCCUAUGUCUAUGCCCUCUGUCUAUGCCCUCUGUCUAUGCCCUCUGUCUAUGUCCUCUGUCUAUGCCCUCUGUCUAUGCCCUAUGUCUAUGCCCUCUGUCUAUGCCCUCUGUCUAUGCCCUAUGUCUAUGCCCUCUGUCUAUGCCCUCUGUCUAUGCCCUAUGUCUAUGCCCUAUGUCUAUGCCCUCUGUCUAUGUCCUCUGUCUAUGCCCUCUGUCUAUGCCCUCUGUCUAUGCCCUCUGUCUAUGCCCUCUGUCUAUGCCCUCUGUCUAUGCCCUAUGUCUAUGCCCUCUGUCUAUGCCCUCUGUCUAUGCCCUCUGUCUAUGCCCUCUGUCUAUGCCCUCUGUCUAUGCCCUAUGUCUAUGCCCUCUGUCUAUGCCCUCUGUCUAUGCCCUCUGUCUAUGCCCUAUGUCUAUGCCCUCUGUCUAUGCCCUCUGUCUAUGCCCUCUGUCUAUGCCCUAUGUCUAUGCCCUCUGUCUAUGCCCUCUGUCUAUGCCCUAUGUCUAUGCCCUCUGUCUAUGCCCUCUGUCUAUGCCCUCUGUCUAUGCCCUCUGUCUAUGCCCUAUGUCUAUGCCCUCUGUCUAUGCCCUCUGUCUAUGCCCUCUGUCUAUGCCCUCUGUCUAUGCCCUAUGUCUAUGCCCUCUGUCUAUGCCCUAUGUCUAUGCCCUCUGUCUAUACCCUCUGUCUAUGCCCUAUGUUUAUGCCUCUGUCUAUGCCCUCUGUCUAUGCCCUCUGUCUAUGCCCUCUGUCUAUGCCCUCUGUCUAUGCCCUAUGUCUAUGCCCUCUGUCUAUGCCCUCUGUCUAUGCCCUCUGUCUAUGCCCUCUGUCUAUGCCCUCUGUCUAUGCCCUAUGUCUAUGCCCUCUGUCUAUGCCCUCUGUCUAUGCCCUCUGUCUAUGCCCUCUGUCUAUGCCCUAUGUUUAUGCCCUCUGUCUAUGCCCUAUGUCUAUGCCCUCUGUCUAUGCCCUCUGUCUAUGCCCUCUGUCUAUGCCCUCUGUCUAUGCCCUAUGUCUAUGCCCUCUGUCUAUGCCCUCUGUCUAUGCCCUCUGUCUAUGCCCUCUGUCUAUGCCCUCUGUCUAUGCCCUAUGUCUAUGCCCUCUGUCUAUGCCCUCUGUCUAUGCCCUCUGUCUAUGCCCUAUGUCUAUGCCCUCUGUCUAUGCCCUCUGUCUAUGCCCUAUGUCUAUGCCCUCUGUCUAUGCCCUCUGUCUAUGCCCUCUGUCUAUGCCCUCUGUCUAUGCCCUAUGUCUAUGCCCUCUGUCUAUGCCCUCUGUCUAUGCCCUCUGUCUAUGCCCUCUGUCUAUGCCCUAUGUCUAUGCCCUCUGUCUAUGCCCUAUGUCUAUGCCCUCUGUCUAUACCCUCUGUCUAUGCCCUAUGUUUAUGCCCUCUGUCUAUGCCCUCUGUCUAUGCCCUCUGUCUAUGCCCUCUGUCUAUGCCCUCUGUCUAUGCCCUAUGUCUAUGCCCUCUGUCUAUGCCCUCUGUCUAUGCCCUCUGUCUAUGCCCUCUGUCUAUGCCCUCUGUCUAUGCCCUAUGUCUAUGCCCUCUGUCUAUGCCCUCUGUCUAUGCCCUCUGUCUAUGCCCUCUGUCUAUGCCCUAUGUUUAUGCCCUCUGUCUAUGCCCUAUGUCUAUGCCCUCUGUCUAUGCCCUCUGUCUAUGCCCUCUGUCUAUGCCCUCUGUCUAUGCCCUAUGUCUAUGCCUCUGUCUAUGCCCUCUGUCUAUGCCCUCUGUCUAUGCCCUCUGUCUAUGCCCUAUGUCUAUGCCCUCUGUCUAUGCCCUAUGUCUAUGCCCUCUGUCUAUGCCCUCUGUCUAUGCCCUAUGUUUAUGCCCUCUGUCUAUGCCCUCUGUCUAUGCCCUCUGUCUAUGCCCUCUGUCUAUGCCCUCUGUCUAUGCCCUAUGUCUAUGCCCUCUGUCUAUGCCCUCUGUCUAUGCCCUCUGUCUAUGCCCUCUGUCUAUGCCCUCUGUCUAUGCCCUCUGUCUAUGCCCUCUGUCUAUGCCCUCUGUCUAUGCCCUCUGUCUAUGCCCUCUGUCUAUGCCCUCUGUCUAUGCCCUAUGUCUAUGCCCUAUGUCUAUGCCCUCUGUCUAUGUCCUCUGUCUAUGCCCUCUGUCUAUGCCCUCUGUCUAUGCCCUCUGUCUAUGCCCUCUGUCUAUGCCCUCUGUCUAUGCCCUCUGUCUAUGCCCUCUGUCUAUGCCCUCUGUCUAUGCCCUCUGUCUAUGCCCUCUGUCUAUGCCCUCUGUCUAUGCCCUCUGUCUAUGCCCUCUGUCUAUGCCCUAUGUCUAUGCCCUCUGUCUAUGCCCUCUGUCUAUGCCCUCUGUCUAUGCCCUAUGUCUAUGCCCUCUGUCUAUGCCCUCUGUCUAUGCCCUCUGUCUAUGCCCUAUGUCUAUGCCCUCUGUCUAUGCCCUCUGUCUAUGCCCUAUGUCUAUGCCCUCUGUCUAUGCCCUCUGUCUAUGCCCUCUGUCUAUGCCCUCUGUCUAUGCCCUAUGUCUAUGCCCUCUGUCUAUGCCCUCUGUCUAUGCCCUCUGUCUAUGCCCUCUGUCUAUGCCCUAUGUCUAUGCCCUCUGUCUAUGCCCUAUGUCUAUGCCCUCUGUCUAUACCCUCUGUCUAUGCCCUAUGUUUAUGCCCUCUGUCAAUGCCCUCUGUCUAUGCCCUCUGUCUAUGCCCUCUGUCUAUGCCCUCUGUCUAUGCCCUAUGUCUAUGCCCUCUGUCUAUGCCCUCUGUCUAUGCCCUCUGUCUAUGCCCUCUGUCUAUGCCCUCUGUCUAUGCCCUCUGUCUAUGCCCUCUGUCUAUGCCCUCUGUCUAUGCCCUCUGUCUAUGCCCUCUGUCUAUGCCCUCUGUCUAUGCCCUCUGUCUAUGCCCUCUGUCUAUGCCCUCUGUCUAUGCCCUCUGUCUAUGCCCUCUGUCUAUGCCCUCUGUCUAUGCCCUCUGUCUAUGCCCUCUGUCUAUGCCCUCUGUCUAUGCCCUAUGUCUAUGCCCUCUGUCUAUGCCCUCUGUCUAUGCCCUAUGUCUAUGCCCUCUGUCUAUGCCCUAUGUCUAUGCGCUCUGUCUAUGCCCUCUGUCUAUGCCCUAUGUCUAUGCCCUCUGUCUAUGCCCUCUGUCUAUGCCCUCUGUCUAUACCCUCUGUCUAUGCCCUAUGUUUAUGCCCUCUGUCUAUGCCCUCUGUCUAUGCCCUCUGUCUAUGCCCUCUGUCUAUGCCCUCUGUCUAUGCCCUAUGUCUAUGCCCUCUGUCUAUGCCCUCUGUCUAUGCCCUCUGUCUAUGCCCUCUGUCUAUGCCCUCUGUCUAUGCCCUAUGUCUAUGCCCUCUGUCUAUGCCCUCUGUCUAUGCCCUCUGUCUAUGCCCUCUGUCUAUGCCCUAUGUUUAUGCCCUCUGUCUAUGCCCUAUGUCUAUGCCCUCUGUCUAUGCCCUCUGUCUAUGCCCUCUGUCUAUGCCCUAUGUCUAUGCCCUCUGUCUAUGCCCUCUGUCUAUGCCCUCUGUCUAUGCCCUCUGUCUAUGCCCUCUGUCUAUGCCCUAUGUCUAUGCCCUCUGUCUAUGCCCUCUGUCUAUGCCCUCUGUCUAUGCCCUAUGUCUAUGCCCUCUGUCUAUGCCCUCUGUCUAUGCCCUAUGUCUAUGCCCUCUGUCUAUGCCCUCUGUCUAUGCCCUCUGUCUAUGCCCUCUGUCUAUGCCCUAUGUCUAUGCCCUCUGUCUAUGCCCUCUGUCUAUGCCCUCUGUCUAUGCCCUCUGUCUAUGCCCUAUGUCUAUGCCCUCUGUCUAUGCCCUAUGUCUAUGCCCUCUGUCUAUACCCUCUGUCUAUGCCCUAUGUUUAUGCCCUCUGUCUAUGCCCUCUGUCUAUGCCCUCUGUCUAUGCCCUCUGUCUAUGCCCUCUGUCUAUGCCCUAUGUCUAUGCCCUAUGUCUAUGCCCUCUGUCUAUGCCCUAUGUCUAUGCCCUCUGUCUAUACCCUCUGUCUAUGCCCUAUGUUUAUGCCCUCUGUCUAUGCCCUCUGUCUAUGCCCUCUGUCUAUGCCCUCUGUCUAUGCCCUCUGUCUAUGCCCUAUGUCUAUGCCCUCUGUCUAUGCCCUCUGUCUAUGCCCUCUGUCUAUGCCCUAUGUCUAUGCCCUCUGUCUAUGCCCUCUGUCUAUGCCCUAUGUCUAUGCCCUCUGUCUAUGCCCUCUGUCUAUGCCCUCUGUCUAUGCCCUCUGUCUAUGCCCUAUGUCUAUGCCCUCUGUCUAUGCCCUCUGUCUAUGCCCUCUGUCUAUGCCCUCUGUCUAUGCCCUCUGUCUAUGCCCUAUGUCUAUGCCCUCUGUCUAUGCCCUCUGUCUAUGCCCUCUGUCUAUGCCCUAUGUCUAUGCCCUCUGUCUAUGCCCUCUGUCUAUGCCCUAUGUCUAUGCCCUCUGUCUAUGCCCUCUGUCUAUGCCCUAUGUCUAUGCCCUCUGUCUAUGCCCUCUGUCUAUGCCCUCUGUCUAUGCCCUCUGUCUAUGCCCUAUGUCUAUGCCCUCUGUCUAUGCCCUCUGUCUAUGCCCUCUGUCUAUGCCCUCUGUCUAUGCCCUAUGUCUAUGCCCUCUGUCUAUGCCCUAUGUCUAUGCCCUCUGUCUAUACCCUCUGUCUAUGCCCUAUGUUUAUGCCCUCUGUCUAUGCCCUCUGUCUAUGCCCUCUGUCUAUGCCCUCUGUCUAUGCCCUCUGUCUAUGCCCUAUGUCUAUGCCCUCUGUCUAUGCCCUCUGUCUAUGCCCUCUGUCUAUGCCCUCUGUCUAUGCCCUCUGUCUAUGCCCUAUGUCUAUGCCCUCUGUCUAUGCCCUCUGUCUAUGUCCUCUGUCUAUGCCCUAUGUUUGUGCCCUCUGUCUAUGCCCUCUGUCUAUGCCCUCUGUCUAUGCCCUCUGUCUAUGCCCUCUGUCUAUGCCCUAUGUCUAUGCCCUCUGUCUAUGCCCUCUGUCUAUGCCCUCUGUCUAUGCCCUCUGUCUAUGCCCUCUGUCUAUGCCCUAUGUCUAUGCCCUCUGUCUAUGCCCUCUGUCUAUGCCCUCUGUCUAUGCCCUCUGUCUAUGCCCUAUGUUUAUGCCCUCUGUCUAUGCCCUAUGUCUAUGCCCUCUGUCUAUGCCCUCUGUCUAUGCCCUCUGUCUAUGCCCUCUGUCUAUGCCCUAUGUCUAUGCCCUCUGUCUAUGCCCUCUGUCUAUGCCCUCUGUCUAUGCCCUCUGUCUAUGCCCUAUGUCUAUGCCCUCUGUCUAUGCCCUAUGUCUAUGCCCUCUGUCUAUGCCCUCUGUCUAUGCCCUAUGUUUAUGCCUCUGUCUAUGCCCUCUGUCUAUGCCCUCUGUCUAUGCCCUCUGUCUAUGCCCUCUGUCUAUGCCCUAUGUCUAUGCCCUCUGUCUAUGCCCUCUGUCUAUGCCCUCUGUCUAUGCCCUCUGUCUAUGCCCUCUGUCUAUGCCCUCUGUCUAUGCCCUCUGUCUAUGCCCUCUGUCUAUGCCCUCUGUCUAUGCCCUCUGUCUAUGCCCUCUGUCUAUGCCCUCUGUCUAUGCCCUAUGUCUAUGCCCUCUGUCUAUGCCCUCUGUCUAUGCCCUCUGUCUAUGCCCUAUGUCUAUGCCCUCUGUCUAUGCCCUCUGUCUAUGCCCUAUGUCUAUGCCCUCUGUCUAUGCCCUCUGUCUAUGCCCUCUGUCUAUGCCCUCUGUCUAUGCCCUAUGUCUAUGCCCUCUGUCUAUGCCCUCUGUCUAUGCCCUCUGUCUAUGCCCUCUGUCUAUGCCCUAUGUCUAUGCCCUCUGUCUAUGCCCUAUGUCUAUGCCCUCUGUCUAUGCCCUCUGUCUAUGCCCUAUGUUUAUGCCCUCUGUCUAUGCCCUCUGUCUAUGCCCUCUGUCUAUGCCCUCUGUCUAUGCCCUCUGUCUAUGCCCUCUGUCUAUGCCCUCUGUCUAUGCCCUCUGUCUAUGCCCUAUGUCUAUGCCCUCUGUCUAUGCCCUAUGUCUAUGCCCUAUGUCUAUGCCCUCUGUCUAUGCCCUCUGUCUAUGCCCUCUGUCUAUGCCCUCUGUCUACGCCCUCUGUCUAUGCCCUCUGUCUAUGCCCUCUGUCUAUGCCCUAUGUCUAUGCCCUCUGUCUAUGCCCUCUGACUAUGCCCUCUGUCUAUGCCCUAUGUCUAUGCCCUCUGUCUAUGCCCUCUGUCUAUGCCCUAUGUCUAUGCCCUCUGUCUAUGCCCUCUGUCUAUGCCCUAUGUCUAUGCCCUCUGUCUAUGCCCUAUGUCUAUGCGCUCUGUCUAUGCCCUCUGUCUAUGCCCUAUGUCUAUGCCCUCUGUCUAUGCCCUCUGUCUAUGCCCUCUGUCUAUGCCCUCUGUCUAUGCUCUCUGUCUAUGCCCUCUGUCUAUGCCCUCUGUCUAUGCCCUAUGUCUAUGCCCUAUGUCUAUGCCCUCUGUCUAUGCCCUCUGUCUAUGCCCUCUGUCUAUGCCCUCUGUCUAUGCCCUAUGUCUAUGCCCUCUGUCUAUGCCCUCUGUCUAUGCCCUAUGUCUAUGCCCUCUGUCUAUGCCCUCUGUCUAUGCCCUAUGUCUAUGCCCUCUGUCUAUGCCCUCUGUCUAUGCCCUCUGUCUAUGCCCUAUGUCUAUGCCCUCUAUCUAUGCCCUCUGUCUAUGCCCUAUGUCUAUGCCCUCUGUCUAUGCCCUCUGUCUAUGCCCUCUGUCUAUGCCCUCUGUCUAUGCCCUAUGUCUAUGCCCUCUGUCUAUGCCCUAUGUCUAUGCCCUCUGUCUAUGCCCUCUGUCUAUGCCCUCUGUCUAUGCCCUCUGUCUAUGCCCUCUGUCUAUGCCCUCUGUCUAUGCCCUCUGUCUAUGCCCUCUGUCUAUGCCCUCUGUCUAUGCCCUCUGUCUAUGCCCUCUGUCUAUGCCCUCUGUCUAUGCCCUAUGUCUAUGCCCUCUGUCUAUGCCCUCUGUCUAUGCCCUAUGUCUAUGCCCUCUGUCUAUGCCCUCUGUCUAUGCCCUCUGUCUAUGCCCUAUGUCUAUGCCCUCUGUCUAUGCCCUAUGUCUAUGCCCUCUGUCUAUGCCCUCUGUCUAUGCCCUAUGUUUAUGCCCUCUGUCUAUGCCCUCUGUCUAUGCCCUCUGUCUAUGCCCUCUGUCUAUGCCCUCUGUCUAUGCCCUCUGUCUAUGCCCUCUGUCUAUGCCCUCUGUCUAUGCCCUAUGUCUAUGCCCUCUGUCUAUGCCCUCUGUCUAUGCCCUCUGUCUAUGCCCUCUGUCUAUGCCCUCUGUCUAUGCCCUAUGUCUAUGCCCUCUGUCUAUGCCCUCUGUCUAUGCCCUCUGUCUAUGCCCUAUGUCUAUGCCCUCUGUCUAUGCCCUCUGUCUAUGCCCUCUGUCUAUGCCCUAUGUCUAUGCCCUCUGUCUAUGCCCUAUGUCUAUGCCCUCUGUCUAUGCCCUCUGUCUAUGCCCUCUGUCUAUGCCCUAUGUCUAUGCCCUCUGUCUAUGCCCUCUGUCUAUGCCCUAUGUCUAUGCCCUCUGUCUAUGCCCUCUGUCUAUGCCCUCUGUCUAUGCCCUCUGUCUAUGCCCUAUGUCUAUGCCCUCUGUCUAUGCCCUCUGUCUAUGCCCUCUGUCUAUGCCCUCUGUCUAUGCCCUCUGUCUAUGCCCUAUGUCUAUGCCCUCUGUCUAUGCCCUCUGUCUAUGCCCUCUGUCUAUGCCCUAUGUCUAUGCCCUCUGUCUAUGCCCUCUGUCUAUGCCCUAUGUCUAUGCCCUCUGUCUAUGCCCUCUGUCUAUGCCCUAUGUCUAUGCCCUCUGUCUAUGCCCUCUGUCUAUGCCCUCUGUCUAUGCCCUCUGUCUAUGCCCUAUGUCUAUGCCCUCUGUCUAUGCCCUCUGUCUAUGCCCUCUGUCUAUGCCCUCUGUCUAUGCCCUAUGUCUAUGCCCUCUGUCUAUGCCCUAUGUCUAUGCCCUCUGUCUAUACCCUCUGUCUAUGCCCUAUGUUUAUGCCCUCUGUCUAUGCCCUCUGUCUAUGCCCUCUGUCUAUGCCCUCUGUCUAUGCCCUCUGUCUAUGCCCUAUGUCUAUGCCCUCUGUCUAUGCCCUCUGUCUAUGCCCUCUGUCUAUGCCCUCUGUCUAUGCCCUCUGUCUAUGCCCUAUGUCUAUGCCCUCUGUCUAUGCCCUCUGUCUAUGUCCUCUGUCUAUGCCCUAUGUUUGUGCCCUCUGUCUAUGCCCUCUGUCUAUGCCCUCUGUCUAUGCCCUCUGUCUAUGCCCUCUGUCUAUGCCCUAUGUCUAUGCCCUCUGUCUAUGCCCUCUGUCUAUGCCCUCUGUCUAUGCCCUCUGUCUAUGCCCUCUGUCUAUGCCCUAUGUCUAUGCCCUCUGUCUAUGCCCUCUGUCUAUGCCCUCUGUCUAUGCCCUCUGUCUAUGCCCUAUGUUUAUGCCCUCUGUCUAUGCCCUAUGUCUAUGCCCUCUGUCUAUGCCCUCUGUCUAUGCCCUCUGUCUAUGCCCUCUGUCUAUGCCCUAUGUCUAUGCCCUCUGUCUAUGCCCUCUGUCUAUGCCCUCUGUCUAUGCCCUCUGUCUAUGCCCUAUGUCUAUGCCCUCUGUCUAUGCCCUAUGUCUAUGCCCUCUGUCUAUGCCCUCUGUCUAUGCCCUAUGUUUAUGCCCUCUGUCUAUGCCCUCUGUCUAUGCCCUCUGUCUAUGCCCUCUGUCUAUGCCCUCUGUCUAUGCCCUAUGUCUAUGCCCUCUGUCUAUGCCCUCUGUCUAUGCCCUCUGUCUAUGCCCUCUGUCUAUGCCCUCUGUCUAUGCCCUCUGUCUAUGCCCUCUGUCUAUGCCCUCUGUCUAUGCCCUCUGUCUAUGCCCUCUGUCUAUGCCCUCUGUCUAUGCCCUAUGUCUAUGCCCUCUGUCUAUGCCCUCUGUCUAUGCCCUCUGUCUAUGCCCUAUGUCUAUGCCCUCUGUCUAUGCCCUCUGUCUAUGCCCUAUGUCUAUGCCCUCUGUCUAUGCCCUCUGUCUAUGCCCUCUGUCUAUGCCCUCUGUCUAUGCCCUAUGUCUAUGCCCUCUGUCUAUGCCCUCUGUCUAUGCCCUCUGUCUAUGCCCUCUGUCUAUGCCCUAUGUCUAUGCCCUCUGUCUAUGCCCUAUGUCUAUGCCCUCUGUCUAUGCCCUCUGUCUAUGCCCUAUGUUUAUGCCCUCUGUCUAUGCCCUCUGUCUAUGCCCUCUGUCUAUGCCCUCUGUCUAUGCCCUCUGUCUAUGCCCUCUGUCUAUGCCCUCUGUCUAUGCCCUCUGUCUAUGCCCUAUGUCUAUGCCCUCUGUCUAUGCCCUAUGUCUAUGCCCUAUGUCUAUGCCCUCUGUCUAUGCCCUCUGUCUAUGCCCUCUGUCUAUGCCCUCUGUCUACGCCCUCUGUCUAUGCCCUCUGUCUAUGCCCUCUGUCUAUGCCCUAUGUCUAUGCCCUCUGUCUAUGCCCUCUGACUAUGCCCUCUGUCUAUGCCCUAUGUCUAUGCCCUCUGUCUAUGCCCUCUGUCUAUGCCCUAUGUCUAUGCCCUCUGUCUAUGCCCUCUGUCUAUGCCCUAUGUCUAUGCCCUCUGUCUAUGCCCUAUGUCUAUGCGCUCUGUCUAUGCCCUCUGUCUAUGCCCUAUGUCUAUGCCCUCUGUCUAUGCCCUCUGUCUAUGCCCUCUGUCUAUGCCCUCUGUCUAUGCCCUCUGUCUAUGCCCUCUGUCUAUGCCCUCUGUCUAUGCCCUAUGUCUAUGCCCUAUGUCUAUGCCCUCUGUCUAUGCCCUCUGUCUAUGCCCUCUGUCUAUGCCCUCUGUCUAUGCCCUAUGUCUAUGCCCUCUGUCUAUGCCCUCUGUCUAUGCCCUAUGUCUAUGCCCUCUGUCUAUGCCCUCUGUCUAUGCCCUAUGUCUAUGCCCUCUGUCUAUGCCCUCUGUCUAUGCCCUCUGUCUAUGCCCUAUGUCUAUGCCCUCUAUCUAUGCCCUCUGUCUAUGCCCUAUGUCUAUGCCCUCUGUCUAUGCCCUCUGUCUAUGCCCUCUGUCUAUGCCCUCUGUCUAUGCCCUAUGUCUAUGCCCUCUGUCUAUGCCCUAUGUCUAUGCCCUCUGUCUAUGCCCUCUGUCUAUGCCCUCUGUCUAUGCCCUCUGUCUAUGCCCUCUGUCUAUGCCCUCUGUCUAUGCCCUCUGUCUAUGCCCUCUGUCUAUGCCCUAUGUCUAUGCCCUCUGUCUAUGCCCUCUGUCUAUGCCCUCUGUCUAUGCCCUAUGUCUAUGCCCUCUGUCUAUGCCCUCUGUCUAUGCCCUAUGUCUAUGCCCUCUGUCUAUGCCCUCUGUCUAUGCCCUCUGUCUAUGCCCUAUGUCUAUGCCCUCUGUCUAUGCCCUAUGUCUAUGCCCUCUGUCUAUGCCCUCUGUCUAUGCCCUAUGUUUAUGCCCUCUGUCUAUGCCCUCUGUCUAUGCCCUCUGUCUAUGCCCUCUGUCUAUGCCCUCUGUCUAUGCCCUCUGUCUAUGCCCUCUGUCUAUGCCCUCUGUCUAUGCCCUAUGUCUAUGCCCUCUGUCUAUGCCCUCUGUCUAUGCCCUCUGUCUAUGCCCUCUGUCUAUGCCCUCUGUCUAUGCCCUAUGUCUAUGCCCUCUGUCUAUGCCCUCUGUCUAUGCCCUCUGUCUAUGCCCUAUGUCUAUGCCCUCUGUCUAUGCCCUCUGUCUAUGCCCUCUGUCUAUGCCCUAUGUCUAUGCCCUCUGUCUAUGCCCUCUGUCUAUGCCCUAUGUCUAUGCCCUCUGUCUAUGCCCUCUGUCUAUGCCCUCUGUCUAUGCCCUCUGUCUAUGCCCUAUGUCUAUGCCCUCUGUCUAUGCCCUCUGUCUAUGCCCUCUGUCUAUGCCCUCUGUCUAUGCCCUAUGUCUAUGCCCUCUGUCUAUGCCCUAUGUCUAUGCCCUCUGUCUAUACCCUCUGUCUAUGCCCUAUGUUUAUGCCCUCUGUCUAUGCCCUCUGUCUAUGCCCUCUGUCUAUGCCCUCUGUCUAUGCCCUCUGUCUAUGCCCUAUGUCUAUGCCCUCUGUCUAUGCCCUCUGUCUAUGCCCUCUGUCUAUGCCCUCUGUCUAUGCCCUCUGUCUAUGCCCUAUGUCUAUGCCCUCUGUCUAUGCCCUCUGUCUAUGCCCUCUGUCUAUGCCCUCUGUCUAUGCCCUAUGUUUAUGCCCUCUGUCUAUGCCCUAUGUCUAUGCCCUCUGUCUAUGCCCUCUGUCUAUGCCCUCUGUCUAUGCCCUCUGUCUAUGCCCUAUGUCUAUGCCCUCUGUCUAUGCCCUCUGUCUAUGCCCUCUGUCUAUGCCCUCUGUCUAUGCCCUCUGUCUAUGCCCUAUGUCUAUGCCCUCUGUCUAUGCCCUCUGUCUAUGCCCUCUGUCUAUGCCCUAUGCCCUCUGUCUAUGCCCUCUGUCUAUGCCCUAUGUCUAUGCCCUCUGUCUAUGCCCUCUGUCUAUGCCCUCUGUCUAUGCCCUCUGUCUAUGCCCUAUGUCUAUGCCCUCUGUCUAUGCCCUCUGUCUAUGCCCUCUGUCUAUGCCCUCUGUCUAUGCCCUAUGUCUAUGCCCUCUGUCUAUGCCCUAUGUCUAUGCCCUCUGUCUAUACCCUCUGUCUAUGCCCUAUGUUUGUGCCCUCUGUCUAUGCCCUCUGUCUAUGCCCUCUGUCUAUGCCCUCUGUCUAUGCCCUCUGUCUAUGCCCUAUGUCUAUGCCCUCUGUCUAUGCCCUCUGUCUAUGCCCUCUGUCUAUGCCCUCUGUCUAUGCCCUCUGUCUAUGCCCUAUGUCUAUGCCCUCUGUCUAUGCCCUCUGUCUAUGCCCUCUGUCUAUGCCCUCUGUCUAUGCCCUAUGUUUAUGCCCUCUGUCUAUGCCCUAUGUCUAUGCCCUCUGUCUAUGCCCUCUGUCUAUGCCCUCUGUCUAUGCCCUCUGUCUAUGCCCUAUGUCUAUGCCCUCUGUCUAUGCCCUCUGUCUAUGCCCUCUGUCUAUGCCCUCUGUCUAUGCCCUAUGUCUAUGCCCUCUGUCUAUGCCCUAUGUCUAUGCCCUCUGUCUAUGCCCUCUGUCUAUGCCCUAUGUUUAUGCCCUCUGUCUAUGCCCUCUGUCUAUGCCCUCUGUCUAUGCCCUCUGUCUAUGCCCUCUGUCUAUGCCCUAUGUCUAUGCCCUCUGUCUAUGCCCUCUGUCUAUGCCCUCUGUCUAUGCCCUCUGUCUAUGCCCUCUGUCUAUGCCCUCUGUCUAUGCCCUCUGUCUAUGCCCUCUGUCUAUGCCCUCUGUCUAUGCCCUCUGUCUAUGCCCUCUGUCUAUGCCCUCUGUCUAUGCCCUAUGUCUAUGCCCUCUGUCUAUGCCCUCUGUCUAUGCCCUCUGUCUAUGCCCUAUGUCUAUGCCCUCUGUCUAUGCCCUCUGUCUAUGCCCUAUGUCUAUGCCCUCUGUCUAUGCCCUCUGUCUAUGCCCUCUGUCUAUGCCCUCUGUCUAUGCCCUAUGUCUAUGCCCUCUGUCUAUGCCCUCUGUCUAUGCCCUCUGUCUAUGCCCUCUGUCUAUGCCCUAUGUCUAUGCCCUCUGUCUAUGCCCUAUGUCUAUGCCCUCUGUCUAUGCCCUCUGUCUAUGCCCUAUGUUUAUGCCCUCUGUCUAUGCCCUCUGUCUAUGCCCUCUGUCUAUGCCCUCUGUCUAUGCCCUCUGUCUAUGCCCUCUGUCUAUGCCCUCUGUCUAUGCCCUCUGUCUAUGCCCUAUGUCUAUGCCCUCUGUCUAUGCCCUAUGUCUAUGCCCUAUGUCUAUGCCCUCUGUCUAUGCCCUCUGUCUAUGCCCUCUGUCUAUGCCCUCUGUCUACGCCCUCUGUCUAUGCCCUCUGUCUAUGCCCUCUGUCUAUGCCCUAUGUCUAUGCCCUCUGUCUAUGCCCUCUGA